GUCUGUUGCCUAUUUGGGCAAUGCCGUCGGGCUGCCAGCGGCGCCUGGUUUGGGUCUGAUGGAUCCAGAUCACGUGCUACAUCGGAUCUUUGCGUACGACCCGCCAGCGCUGGACAGUUUGUGGGAUGCCGUACGAGCCGGCAAGACGUGGAGCGGUCUCGUCUGCAUGCCGUCACACCUAGAUCUCCGGGGCCUGCGGGACGCCGCCAGCGCCGCCGCCAAGUCCACGUCACCAUGCGCCGGCCAACGCGCCCUCAGUGCGGCCGCCGACGCCACAGCUGCCGUCGUCCCCGAAAGCAUGCCAUGGAGCCAGGGGCUGUUGUACGGCGGCGGUGGCAGCGGUGGAGUCGGUGGCGGCGGCGCUGCCGAUACGGACGUCGUGGGCUUGCUGCUACAGCAGCUGCAGCGGCACGGGAGCGGAACGGGCUUGCGGGUCGGUGGCGGCGCGACGGCGGCUACAGCUACGUGCGCCUCGGCGGCGGCGGUUGCUGUACCUGUCGGCUCUGGACGAGGGGUGGGGGAGAGGAGCACAGCUGUCGUUACCGCGGCCGCCGCUGGCUGUGGCAGCGGCGACAGCGGUGGCGGCGGCGGCGGGGGCUCCUGGGGAGUCGGCUGGGUAUCGCAUCUGCCGUCCGCCAGCUUGCCAUCGCCACAGGCGCCGCCGGCCGAAUGCAACGCCAGCGCCGCCGGUUCACUCUCUCCUGACGUGGUGGCCACUAUUACAGGGCCGCCGCCGCCGCGAGCUACUGCAGCCACAGCCGGGGGCAGUAGCGGUGGCGGCUGCAACAACAGCGGCAGCCGCGGCAAACCCGUUAUGAAGCUGCCGCGCAACGUCUCGGCACCCACCUUUCACAGCGUUGCGAGCUCUAGUCGUCCUCUGCCGUCGGUACUGGAGGCGGAGGCAAGCUGCGGCGGCAGCGUUUGCGGCAGCGGAAGCGCCGCCGCCGUCAGCGUGGCGACCCUUCUGGCGCACCGUGCCAGCUGGAACGCCGACCAGACAUUCCCAGCCCAAGCUGGAACGUCGCUGUACGGCAGCUCUCCGUUGACGACGCCGUCAAGGCAGCUAUCCACUUCGGCGUCCGUCGGUAGCGGCGCAGCUGGCGGCGGCGGCGGCGGCAGUGCAGGACUGUUUGGUCCUUUGGGCCUGAUCCACAGCCCUUCUUCAGCUCAGCUGUCGUACUGGGCCAACUCCCGCCGUACACUCAUUCACAGGUCAAACAGCCUGGCGCAGACGGAGUACGCCCUGGACGGUAGCUACCGCGCCAUGCGGAUUGCGGCGUCAGCGGCGUCUCAGGGCCUUCUAGGCCAGGGGCCUACUACUGCUUUCGCUGGCGGCGGCGGCGGGUGGUCGUACGGCAGCGCUGACGGCCUUCAGUGCUGCAGCCCCCGCGGCUUGGAUGCGUCCCUCGCGGAUCAGAUGUCGGGUCCCAAGUUUGUGCCGCCCCUGGUAGCUAGUACGGCAGCGGCAGCGGCGCCAGCAGCGACGGCCGCGCGGAGAGUCCUAAGCGCCAGCGUGACGAGCGUGCGAGCUUCAUGCGGCGGCGGCGGCGGCGGCGGCGGCGGCGGCGGCGGCGGCGUCCGAGGAUUCUCUGUGUCGAGCGGUGCUACGACCAGUUUAGCGACGGCGGGAGAGGAGCUCGCGCAUACCGCGAGGCGGCGGCGGCGGCGCCGUCACCGCUUCUGCCCAGCUGAGCUGGAGGUUAGACAGGUCUUAGAUGCUGAGCACCGCAUCCUUGAAGAAGUCUUUCCGAGACACGUGCUGGAGGUGAUGACGUCAGACAAGUGCCGUACAUCGACUUUUGGCGGCGGCGGCGGCGGAUGUCCCUCCCUGCUCCCCAACGCGCAAUCAGCAUUGGGCUCCAGCUACAGCCACAGUCACAGCGUCACCUCACCCUCCACGCCCUCGUGUGGUGGUUUCGGAGCCUUGAGCGGCGCACAGCAGUACAUGGCGAGAGCGCAUGAGGAGGUGACGGUGCUAUUCGCAGACAUCGCCUCCUUCACCAGCAUGUGUGGUCAGGUUCCGCCCCACCGAGUCAUGGCGUUCCUCAACGACCUCUUCACCACUUUUGACCAGCUGGUGGAAGCAUCAAGUUUACAAGGUCUAGACCAUUGGAGAUUGCUACAUGGUGUGCGGCGGACUUGUAGAAGAGGACGCCGAGGGAUUCAG